AUGCCUCCACUGCUCUCCGGCGUCCCCAAGGAUACGCGCAGCCUCCGCUGCGUGCUCGUUGCGUCCAUCGUCUCCGUCUUGUUUAUCCUCGCCCUAUCACUCUCACCUUCCUCCUCUUCUCUGUCUUCACCCUCCCGCUCCUCUCCGGCAUCUUUUCUCCUCUCGAAGUCUGCUGCCGGCGUCGCCGCUUCUAUCUUGUCCGGAAUCCCCGGGCCUUACCCUCCCUCCCUCGCCUACCUCAUUUCGGGCUCCGACGGGGACGCGGAUCGCCUACUCCGACUCCUCUCCGCCGUCUACCAUCCCAGGAACGUGUACCUCUUGCAUCUCGACCUCGCUGCCUCGCAGGAACAGCGCCGCUCGUUCGCUCUCACUAUCAGCUCCGUUCCGGUGUUCCGCUCCGCCAGCAACGUUCAUGUCAUCGGCAAGGCGGAUUUCGCCGAUCGCCGGGGAUCAUCCGCUCUCUCCGCCGUGCUUCACGGCGCCGCCAUUCUUCUACGACUGGGUGCCAAUUGGGACUGGUUCAUAAAUCUUGACGCGUCGGACUACCCCCUCGUGACGCAGGAUGGUACGUAUUUAUUCGUAUUCUUUCGAGUAAAACCCGGACGGAUGAAUGCUCUUUGUCAAGUUCAAUUAGUCGUGAAGACUGGAGUCUGCGGGGACUUUUGACCAUUCUCACAAGACUAGGUUGAUAAACUAAUGGACAUAUUUUUUAAAUUCCCAGUCGCUCAUUUUCAUAUGAUUCUGAUGUUGAGGCUACUCUGAUAAUAGUGUAUAUAUUUUCAAAUGGACAAUUGUUUAUUGACGUCUCGCUUGAUUCCGACACCCCGAAUCAAGGGCCCUAGGUUGCCUUCUGUGAAACUAGUUGUGGUGUUUUUUUAUAAGACCUGCAUUAGACUGGUGAAAAGAAAUUCAGAUUUUUUAAAAUAUGUAUGCCACUGAACAACCAAUGUGAAAAUUUUCAUUAGGUAUUUUGAUGUAUGGAGCAUCUUAUUCUUCUCACGAUCUCCUCAUUGGUUUCACCAAUGUUUUAUCGAAAGUAUCGUCAACAUCAUCAACCAGAUGUCGUACUUUUAUUUUUACAGAAGCGCCCAGACAUUUGAGUCUAGGGUUUGUGGUUUCGAAAUGGCAUAUGUUUUCCGGUUGAUGAAAGGUUUGGACCACGACUGUGUGAUAUUUUGAUGUUCUUUCUCCCGCAUUCGCUUUCCAUAGUUGUCUAUGAACGGUGAUACUGUAUAUCAUCCGUCUUUGGAUGUCUGAUGCCUGUGUGGAUAAUCCCAUUAUGGAUUGCAGAUAUUCUCCACAUAUUUUCGUUCCUACCCAAAGAUAUAAAUUUUGUUCAGCAUUCUGGUCACAUUGGUUGGAGAGAGUAAGCAUAUCUACCACACACCUUGAAUCACCUCUAUUGAGAAUCAGCAGUAUGGCUUGGUUUCUUAUUGUAAAUACUUGCUUUGUCACAGAUCCCGUCGAAUAAAACCAGUUAUUGUCGAUUCUGGUCUGUACGACUCCUCUAAGAGUGAUGUUAUUUACGCUACACAGAAGAGGAAUCUGCCAAAUGCCUACAGAUUAUUCUCAGGUGACUAUCUACUCGUGUCAAAUUUUUUUUGAGAACAUGUUGAGUUUUCCUUGAAUCUUGGUUGUCAAUGCGUGAAGCAGUGACCGAAGUACAUGGUUUCAUAACUGGAGGUAAAAUGUAGAUGGUCUCAUAACUGGAUGCGUCCUUUGGCAUUAUUAUUUUUCCUGCUGUACUAGGUUUAAUCUUACGGAUAUUUGACCAGGAAACCAGGUGACUUGCUGUUAAUUAUACUUCUUCCUCAUUUGAUCGGGGCUAAUUCAAGGACCAAAAAAGAAACACUGUUGAAUUUAUUUUAUUUACUCCAUGUUACUGAGGCACCAUUUGACAUCUAACAUUAUAUAUGAUGACCUCACUUGACCAAAUUGGCAGAGUAUUUUGAAUCAUCACGUAAAAAAUAAAUCUGAAGGCAUGUUCAUAUGGUGCAAGUUUUAUGGUGAGCAAGGUCGUAGAUCAAUAACUUACUACCUAGGCAACGAGAAGAGGGCAUUAGGCAUUGCCUAGGGAGACCAACUUUUUAUUAAUUUACAUUUUUUUCAAACUGCUACCAGUCAACUAAGUAAUGAUAGAUUUGGCAAACUAUGCAUAUAAGCGUAAGCAUAAUAUUAAUAGCAGAAAAAUAAGUAUAUAUGUUCAAUAAUAUCCCGUAGUGACUGAAAUGAUUCUCAUUAUUAAAAUGCUUUUAAUUUCAUUUAAAAUAAUAUUUUAAGAUUAUUCCCUUUUUUAAAUGUACCAAAAAUGCAUACAUUAAUUUAUAAACAACCAGGAUGCCUUAGGUGUUCAGAAUGUCUUCUGCCUGGACAUUAUAUAGGCAUCACCUAGGUAAAGUCUUGAAAUCUGGGAUGUGACGUGUUUAUGGGACAUUUCAUAACUUCAUUGUUUUAACUUAUUAGGAUUUCCCUUGAGAUAAUGUUAAAUAUUUCUUGCAAGUGACAAGUAACUAUAGUUAAGAUCCUGGAGCAGCUGGAAAUGGUUGAAUCACCCUUCAGUUCUAACAUUUGGGGCGUUUUCGUGUGCUAUGAUCAUACUCUACUCUUGGGGCAUUUUCGUAUUUUAACAAUUGGAGGAUAUUUUGCCCUUCGAAAUGCAUUCUUGAUGGAGGUUUGACUUCGAGUCCGACUGCUACAGAACUGAUAAAGUUUCCCCAAGUUCUUGUUGGAGCCCUUCCUCCUUACCUAAUCCAAGGGCAAUAUGUGGUGCUUGCAUACCCCACAUUCGUGCACCCUUCCUGAGCCCAUUUGUUCUCCUGUUCUUGAGGGAGCUCAAAAGAUGUGACUGCAUGCGAGUUCAAAGGUUCUGCUAUUGAGGCUAUAUCAAUGGUGGGCAUUUGUGGGCCAGAUAGAGUUUCUGAAGGAAUUCAAAAGUAGCUGAAAGGCUUCAUGAGUAGGCUUGAAAUGAAGAUGAUGAGUCCGGACAUUCAUCUGGCAACUGCAGAGAAUGUCAAGCGAUCCAUGAUAUGUGUGGGGGGAAUCGGUUUCAAUUAUAAGUGAGAGGUUAUUCCAAAAGUAGAGACUGAGCCGAGACUAGUAAAAGGCUGUCAGCAGUGUAAAUGGAUUGAAAUUGUCGUAAUAGCAGCUCAUGUUGCUUUCAAUCACUCAGUCCCAAACUGUUCCUAAAACGAGGUUAACCAUUCUUACUGCCUCUGGUAUCCCUUCAUUCUUUAGACCCAUUUUGAAAGGGGAGAAAAAUAACUCAAACAGGAGAAGCCUCAGCCUGGUUGUGCUUUCCUUGUCUAAGGCCAGCAGACCAUAGCCCCCAUCAUGUCUUCUAGCAGCAGCAUCUUUACAAUAUUCCUCUACAUUAUUCUCACCAAAACCAAGAAAAAGGAACAAAAAUUGAGAACACAGCUGACGAGGAAUUCUGUUGUCGAUGCUAUCUCCUUCCUGCAGUCUACUUUCUUUCUCACAUGCCGGAUUCGAAGUGGGAUGCGGCUGCUAGCUAUCAACACUCUCCUCUGCAGUCCAUUGAGUUCUCCAUCCCUUAGUUGUCGUUUAUUACCAUUACUCUGGUUGGUUUUCUCUCAUCCUCCCAUCCUCCCAUCCUCCCAUCCUCCCAUCCUCUCAUUUACAUUCAUUGAAAGAGUGUAAGAUGACCACAGUUCCUAUCUCAUCUGACGUCCGCUGUCUCUGUUUAAUGUCUGCUGUGCCCCCCACCCUAGUCAAUAAGGAAGGGAAUGACACUGUCCUAGUGACUGAUGGGGGGAAUCCCCUCUUCUCCAUCUUAUUCUUCAUCAUAUCUGUGGCGAACAGAGCAAGUGGGAAGUUAGCAAACAGCUCAUCAAGAAUGUGGCUAUCUGGACCCUCUCUAUCAGUUUGCCCCCGUUAUUUUUAGGUUCUUUCCUCCCUCAGUUGCCUGAAAAUCAUGAACUCCCUUUUUGCCAUCCUCACCUUUAGUUUGUCAGGUAUCCCUCCAUUACUUCUUAGGGCCUGCUGGCUGACUGCUCACCUGCUCUUCCCCUUCUGCCUCCUUUCUGGCUUCUCUAUCAAUUGUUUCCCCUACGUUUGCAGUGUGUUGACAACAUGUAGUUGGACCAAUUGGUCUCAUCUUCUUCUUUAUGGAUCAGUGUUCCCACCUGACUUCGCCGCCCAAUUUAACUGGUAUCAGCCCAUUAAAAUCUCCAACCCAGAUAUCUAUAGUAACGAAUUAUUUGGAUCAGACCAUAUCCAAAAUCUGAUAGGAUAAAUGACCUUAUCAAUGAUGAGAGAAUCCAAGUGACGACCUGAGAGAGGAAGGAAGAUCAUCCCAUUUCAAACUUAUAGGGUAGAAUGGUGAAACAGAGUCAUUCAGGGCUUGGACGUCAACCCAGGUGCAGCAAGGGCAAAGGUUAGCUUCUCAUGAAGCUUAUAUGAACCUCCAGACCGAUCUCCUUUUGGGUGAAACCCUUAAAUUUAAGGUGCUCAGUGUGAAACAGAGACAAAAUAAUAUAUAUAUAUAUAUAUGUAUGUUAUUUUAAAUUUAAAAUAUUUUCUAGCAAAGGCCUCCUCAUUUGAUGAUGCAGUGAAAGGAAGAUUUUUUGUGGCAAUGAACAGAGAUUCUUGGAUCGCAUCGAUUUGGGAGGAAGAUCUUGAUCGGGCAUAGUUCUUAACACUGUCUUUUGCCGCCCAUUGCAUGCAAAUUCUGGGUUGAUGUUCUUGAGCUUUUCUAUCACGUACUCCCUUCUGACCAAAAAGGGUAACCUUAUUCCACAAUUGUUUUCAUUUCAAUGUAGAAAUAAGACAGAAACCAAUCCUGGCAGGCUCUUACUCGAUCUUCCUUUCUUUUCUGAUUCUAGUUAGCCAUCGCCGUCAUUUUAUCACUGAGAUGUGUAUGAUUGUCUUAGUUUGACUCUAUCAUCUAUUAUAAUGGGUUCUUUCUUUCUUUUCUUAUAGGGUCAGGAUCAGUCAUACUUAGCCGGAAAUUUCUGGAUUUCUGCAUUCUGGGCGUUGACAAUCUGCCGAGGACCCUGCUGAUGUAUUACGCCAACAUACCUUCAUCGCACAGAAAUUACUUCCAGACCCUCCUCUGCAACUCCAUCCAGUUCAAUGGCUCCAUAGUCAACCACAACCUGCGGUACACGGCGUGGGAUGAGCCCAGGCGGCAGGACCUUCCGCGGGUGCUCUCCUCGGCUGAUCUCGGCAACAUGACUCAGAGCAGGGCGGCAUUUGGUGCCCGCUUUGAGAGGAACAGCUCCGUCCUUGACCAGAUUGAUCGGGAGCUGUUGAAUCGCCGGCCAGGCCGGAUCGUCCCCGGCGGGUGGUGCUUGGGGGACGGCGGCGCCGACGGCGACCCAUGCUCUGUCUGGGGGAGCGCUGAGGUUCUGAGGCCGGGUCCGGGAGCUAAGAGGCUAGAGAAUCUGGUUGUGGAGCUCCUGGCUGGUGAUUCCUUCCAUUCCAAUCAGUGUAAAUGGGAAUGA